GAAACUUCAAAUAGCUAAGGGAAAUUACUCUACAUUGAAGUAAAGAAAAAGAAAAUUGACAUGAAACAACACCGUUAUAUUCUAUGAAAAGCUUUUAAAAAAUGGUUCUUACACCUACUAUGGCUGCUGAAAGUACAGAAAGUGAAGGAAAGUCUGGAUUUGACUCGUCAGAUGAGGAAGAAGGAGAACUUGACCUGUCACCUUUUACAUUGUCAUGGUUAGAACUUGGUACUGGAGAUGGGCUGGACAAACUUGGCAUCAGUGGACUACCUGGAUGUAAAUUUAAAAAUACCUGGAGAAGCCUUGAGAAUGAUAUCAAAUGCCUAAAGUCAGAAGGUGUAGAUGAGGUGUUUUCAUUAUGUACAAAGGGAGAGUUAAACAAGUAUCGUGUUCCAUGGUUACUCAAUGAAAUGACAGGUGCCGAUAUUGUUGUACAUCAUUACCCAUUCCCAGACGGACAGACUCCAAACAUGCCAAGUCUGCUGAAAAUGGUUGAUGAGAUACAAGUGUCAGUCCGUAACGGAAGAAAACCUUUGGUGCAUUGUUUUGGUGGAUUAGGACGGUCCUGCUUGGUUGCAGUGUGUGCUAUGUUGGUGGUAGAUGAAAGUUUGGAACCACAGAAAGCUAUAGAUAAAAUCAGAGAGUUAAGAGGACCAGGGGCUAUACAGUCAGUGAAGCAAUACAAUUAUGUUUGCGAUUUCCGACAAAUAUAUGAAGAAUACAAAAGAGAGAAUGAGACGGAGGCAAGGUCAAUCUCAAGGUGACAUCGUCCAACUAGUUCAGGAAAAGAAACAUUAUUUAUAAAAGUGCUCAACAU